AUGAAUUGGACACGAACGCUCUCGACUGUCAUGUUAGGGCUGCGCACCCACGUCCGCCUCGACACCAACGCCUCGCCGGCGGAAUUCGUGUUCGGCACGUCGUUGCGCGUUCCGGGAGAAUUCGUCCUCCCAGACGACUUCACACCCAAUCCUCACGUAUUCAUCGAAGAAUUCCGGGAAUACAUGCGAAAGGUUAAACCUGUACCGGUAGAGCACAGACAUAAAAAACGUGCGUUUGUCUUCAAAAAUCUGUUCUCGUGCACACACGUCUUUCUCCGCGUGGGAGCCACCAAAAAGGCAUUAGAGCGACCAUAUACCGGUCCCCACAAAAUUAUUAACAGAAUCUCCGACCGCGUUUUCGAUAUAGAUAUUAACGGCACAAAACGCAGCGUCUCCAUAGAAAAUUUGAAACCGGCGCAUUUCGUACCCGAUGACCUAAGUAAUACUCUGGGUAACGAACAAUCCGGCCGGUCAGGCAACGGCCGCCCAGCAUUAAAAACUUAUGGGCGUCACAAACAAGUUACUUUUGCCCAAUCAAGCGAGCAAUACUUCCCCGCGUAG